AUGGCCACUCCAGUCAACGUGACCAUUCCACUUGAAGAUUAUAUCACUCUCCGACUUGUCCACAACCAACUUGAAACAGCGAGGAAACAACAUAAAAUUUUGCUCGAAGAGCGAGUGAAAAAAAGAAAAGAAAUCGAAGACAUCCAACUUAAACUUGAAUCUAAAAGAAAGGAAAUACAAACAACAACAAGGGAAUUGGCUUCGUUGAGGGGAGAAUGUGAAAUCGAAAAACAGAAGAUUAUCCUCAUUUCUAAAAUGCCACGACCACUCGAACUCCAUCACAAGAAACAAAAGAAGCUCGUAAGAAAUGAUAAGACAUCGAAAAUUGUUACAGAAAAAGAGACGAAUUGA